CUCAGCACUCCCAAACAGGACACAACACUUGCCAGAAAACUUUCAGAGCAAGAAUAAACUUCAGCCAUGGCCGAGAGACGCAUCCCCUUCACUUUUAUGCACAGCCCAUCCUGGGACCCUUUCCGCGACUGGUCCCAGGGCAGCCGGCUCUUCGAUCAGACCUUUGGGAUGCCACACUUCUCCGAGGAGAUGCCCACAUUUCCCAGCACACACUGGCCCGGAUACAUUCGGCCCUUUGGAUUUCCAGAAAUGGCCUCUUUAAUACAGAGCCCAGUGGCUCAGGUGCCCAUGUCGCCCUCCGCCUCCAUGAUGCACCCCCCGAACUACAGCCGGGCCCUUUCCCGACAGAUGAGCUCGGGAAUAUCUGAGAUCAAGCAGACGCCAGAUUCCUGGAAGAUCAGCCUGGAUGUCAAUCACUUCGCCCCAGAGGAGCUGACGGUGAAGACCAAAGAUGGGGUGGUGGAGAUCACCGGCAAACAUGAGGAGCGGAAGGAUGAACAUGGCUUUGUGUCCAGAUGUUUCACCAGGAAAUACACUCUGCCCUCUGGUGCCGACUCUGAGAAGAUCACCUCCACUCUGUCUCCUGAGGGGGUCCUGACCAUUGAAGCUUCUCUGCCCAAACCUGCCAUCCAGGGCUCUGAAAUCAACAUCCCUAUCAACACAGGCAACGCAGUGACUGCCAGCAGUACAAAGAAACCCUGAGCACAAGAGCACACACGCACACACAGGCAGAUCACUGUGCUACUUUGAGUUUGUUUUCUUCAGCAUGAAUGCAAAUGUUCAAUAUUAAUGUGUUGAUACUUCUAUUCUUUAUAAACAGCAGGUAGGAGAGGAGGAAUUGCCAUAUUGUAUUACCAUCUAAUUUUUUACAUCACUCUUUUUCAUCAUUGUCUCUUCUCUUAUCAUCCUCCUCUCUUCUACUCGUAGUAAAUAACAAUGACUGUGUACACACCAAGCUCUAGAAAACAUGCUCAUAUUUCACCCCUAAAUAAAAAAAGAGAAAAAGAAUAAAUAUAAAAUUAUAUUUUGCAUAAAGACAAUUAUAUAAUGUUGCAAUGCAUAUAUAUAUAUAUAAUAUAUAUA